AAGUUGGAACCUUCAGCCGGGGCCCCAUGCAGUUGAUUGCCACUGCAUUUGAUGCCGUGUCUCCCUUGGUCCCGUCUCUUAUGUUAUAUAUCCGUCUUGUUGCGCCCUGGCGGGCAGACCCAUCUGGCAAGCUCUUUUCAUUUUCCUCUGGUCAGCCCUAGCGUGGCCUAGCAGAGCUUCUUUCACACCAUCAUGGCGUCCGACCCGACGAGUAUCGCUGUUGCCGACGAUGUCAACGCCAUGAAAAAAGAUAAGGAGGCCGCCCUGGCGCCAGUGUUCUCCGCCGACGUCGACGACCUCGGCAUUAGCGCCGAUGGCGCGCUUCCUACCGACGAGGAGCUGCAGACCCUCCGCCGCGUCCCUGACAAGAUCUCGUGGAACAUCUUGACCAUUGCCUUCAUCGAGCUCUGUGAGCGCUUUUCGUACUAUGGCACCACGGCCGUCUUCACCAAUUUCAUCCAGCAGCCGCGCCCUGAGGGUUCCGCCACGGGUGCCAGCUACGACAUCAACAAUGGCCAGGCUGGUGCUCUCGGCAUGGGUCAGCGCACCUCCUUCUCUCUGACCACCUUCAAUACCUUCUGGCAGUACACCAUGCCCCUAUUCGGCGCCUACGUUGCCGACAGCUAUCUUGGCCGCUACCGGACCAUUGGCUUCUCUCUCCUGAUUGACAUUGUCGGCCACAUCAUCCUCGUCGUCUCGGCUCUGCCUCCCGUGAUCCAGAACCCCAACGGCUCCAUUGGCGCCUUCGCCAUCGGCAUCCUCCUCAUGGGUAUCGGUACCGGUGGUUUCAAGCCCAACGUCAACCCCCUGAUCGUUGAGCAGCUCGACCUCGAGAGGAUGGUGGUCAGGACCCUGCCCACCGGCGAGCGUGUCAUUGUCGACCCCGCCGUGACCGCCUCGCGUAUCUACCACUACUUCUACAUGUUCAUCAACAUUGGUGCCCUGUGCGGUCAGCUCGCCAUGGUGUAUUGCGAGCACUAUGUCGGCUUCUGGCUGUCCUUUACCCUCCCAACCAUCAUGCUCUGCAUCUGCCCGCUCGUCAUGCUCUGGGGCCGCCGCCGCUACAAGCGCGUCCCGCCCCAAGGCUCCGUCCUCGGCCGGUCGUUCAAGCUCUUUGCGCUUGCCAACAAAGGCCGCUGGUCCAUCAACCCCGUCAAGACGUGGAAACAGCUCCACGACGGUACUUUCUGGGAUAGCGUCAAGCCGUCCAGAUUCGACGCCGCCUCGAAGCCCAAGUGGAUGGACUUCAACGAUGCCUGGGUUGACGAGGUCCGCCGUGGCUUCAAUGCCUGCGCCGUCUUCAUGUGGUACCCUCUUUUCUGGCUCUGCUACAACCAAAUCAACAACAACCUGGUCUCGCAAGCUGCCACCAUGAAAAUCGCUGGUGUUCCCAACGACGUGUUGAACAACCUGAACCCCUUCGCGCUGGUCAUCUUGAUUCCCCUCCUCGACAUCUUCGUCUACCCAGCCCUGCGCAAGAUGCGCAUCAACUUCACGCCGCUUAAGCGCAUCGCUUGCGGUUACUUUGUAGGCGCAGCCGCCAUGGUCUGGGCGGCCGUUAUCCAGUACUACAUCUACCAGCGCAGCGAGUGCGGCUAUUAUGCCAACGGGAUUUUCCCCGACGGCACCGAGCACGACUGCCCCAACGCCGACAUCAACAUGUGGGCCCAGACGGGCUCGUACGUGCUCGUCUCCCUGGCCGAGAUCUUCGCGUCCAUCACCAGCUUGGAGUAUGCCCAUUCCAAGGCCCCGGCCAACAUGCGUUCCAUGGUGCAGUCGAUUGCGCUCUUCAUGAACGCCAUCUCGUCCGCCAUCGGCUUCGCCCUCGUCCCGCUCGCCGACGACCCGCUCCUCAUCUGGAACUACGCCGUCGUCGCCAUCGCCGCCACCAUCGGCGGCACCCUCUUUUGGAUUCAGUUCCGCCACCUCGACAAGGAGGAGGACAAGCUCAACAUGCUCCCCAAGGGCGAGUUUGCCAGCGAGGAGUCGUCUCACAAGGACGCUCACGAGAAAGCCGACGUCUAAAUGCGCGUGCGGCGCGUGUGUGUAUACUGGUAAUGAGAAUGGGUGCACCCUCGUGUGAGGCAUAAGAGCAUGAGGCAUGUGUGUCGGUUGACUUUAUUCAUGGCAUGGAAUGAUCUGGACGGGUUCUGUUUUUUAGCUUGAUACCAAAAACCCCUCACCCGUGGUGAGGUGUUGAUCACUAGGCUAGUAAAGAGAGGUGGUAAGGUACAUAUAGUGAAAUAUAUAUAUCUACCGCCUACUCAUCCAGCUCCCGCUU